UCACGCGCGGGGCGGGGCCUCGGCGGGGCGGGGCUGACAUCAUCCCCGGUUACUCUUGACGCUUCUGUAGCCUUCCGAAGUCGCGGGUCGCUUUGCCUCGAGCGCAUGCUCCAGCCGGCCCCACCCCCGCAGCCCGUCGGACGCACACGCGUCCCCGCCCACCGCGGCCGGAAGUUCCGGUGGCGGAUCGCUGGACCGGGCCCGAGCGGAUCGCGGGCUCGGGCUGCGGGCUCGGGCUGCGGGCGCUGGGUGGGCCAGACGCGGAGCCUGGGAGCUGAGCCCAGGCUGUGCCGCGCGGCGCCAUGAAGGGCAAGGAGGAGAAGGAAGGCGGCGCGCGGCUGGGCGCCGGCGGCGGAAGCCCCGAAAAAAGCCCGAGCGCGCAAGAGCUCAAGGAGCAGGGCAACCGGCUCUUCGUGGGCCGCAAGUACCCGGAGGCGGCGGCCUGCUACGGCCGCGCCAUCACCCGGAAUCCUCUGGUGGCAGUGUACUACACCAACCGGGCACUGUGCUACCUGAAGAUGCAGCAGCACGAGCAGGCCCUAGCAGACUGUCGGCGGGCCCUGGAGCUGGACGGGCAGUCUGUGAAGGCACACUUCUUCCUGGGACAAUGCCAGCUAGAGAUGGAGAGCUAUGAUGAGGCCAUUGCCAACCUGCAGCGAGCCUACAACCUCGCCAAGGAGCAGCGGCUCAACUUUGGGGAUGACAUCCCUAGUGCCCUGCGCAUCGCCAAGAAGAAGCGCUGGAACAGCAUCGAGGAGCGGCGCAUCCACCAGGAGAACGAGCUGCACUCCUACCUCACCCGGCUUAUUGUGGCCGAGCGGGAGAGGGAGCUGGAAGAAUGCCAGAGGAACCACGAGGGUGAUGAGGACGACAGCCACAUCCGGGCCCAGCAGGCCUGCAUCGAGGCCAAGCACGACAAGUACUUAGCAGACAUGGAUGAGCUUUUCUCCCAGGUGGAUGAGAAAAGAAAGAAGCGAGACAUCCCCGACUACCUGUGUGGCAAGAUCAGCUUUGAGCUCAUGCGGGAGCCGUGCAUCACCCCCAGUGGCAUCACCUACGACCGCAAGGACAUCGAGGAGCACCUGCAGCGUGUGGGUCACUUUGACCCUGUCACCCGGAGCCCCCUGACCCAGGAACAGCUCAUCCCGAACCUGGCCAUGAAAGAGGUCAUUGAUGCGUUCAUCUCUGAGAACGGCUGGGUGGAGGACUACUGAGGCCGGGCGAGUGCAAGGGCAGCCCGCCUUGCCUAGUAUCCUGGCCCAGGAGGGCCUUGGGGCAGUAGCUCCCAGUCCCUGUACAUAGUUUGUGUCCCUAGAUCCCUGCCCCGGUGUCCCCACCCCCACCCUCAUCAGUUUCGCUGCUGGACCAUGAACCCCACCUCCACCUGUCUGGGCCAGAAACAGCAGGUGAGGGUGGGCUGCCGCCACCGCUGUCCUGUAAUAAAAUCUGUGAGCACUAA